UUCAUUCGUUUAGGUACGUCUGGGAGCCGUGCCCUUGAGGGGGGGUACUGUCAUGAUCCUGCCGCUCCAGCCCGGGCUGUGCGGGUGCCAGUGCGGUUGCGCUGAUUGACAAAUGAGAACGAGAAGGACACGGGCACACUUCCUUUGAUUGGAUACACCCUGAUGAAGGUUCCAAAUUAGUCUACAAGUCUGCCUCCCGCCAGAAAGUUGAACCAUGGCGAGUCUCAUCUAUCAGCUAAUGUGGCUCACACUCACCCUUGUGGUGGUCCAGAUGGUCACAGCGUACACGUUUAUGAACUGCAUCGAGGACAGGAACUCGAAUCACAGAAGCUUCAAAUGCAACCUGCGAAAGAAGACAAACAUAACAGACAUCAUUGUAGACCUGCCGCCGUCUGUCGUGAAUCUCACCAUUUUGAGCAAUCCCAUCCGGCACAUUCCUAAUGACACCUUUGCCCGCAUCCGGAACCUUUCCCAUCUUCGGUUGGACGGCAACCAUUUGAGCACCAUUGACAAUUCUGCGUUUCGGUACCUGCAUCAACUCAAUUCUCUCAACUUAUCCUUUAACAACAUUUCCCAGCUGAGCCACUCACUAUUCUCAAGCCUGCACAAACUCACUGUUCUCUCGCUGAGGGGCAACAAACUCAAGCAGCUACCGGUGGGAAUUUUCUCAGCCACCCUCGAGCUCAACACUUUACUACUACAACAGAACCACCUCAUAAACUUCUCAGGGAUUGUUGAGUCUGUGUCACACUUAAGGAAUCUAUUGAAAUUGGACCUUUGCCACAACAACUUCACUUCUCUGAGUCACAACCAAACACAACUUCCCAGAUCCCUCAUCAAGUUGUACCUACGUGGAAACAAUCUGUCCACUUUAGGAUGUGACCACUCCUUCCUCACUGAGGUCAAGAGCUUGGAUUUGUCCUACAACUCCAGACUCACCGCUUGGGCUUUUGUUGGCGUGAACCUGACGCAAACCAACGACCUCAAAUUGCAGUCAACUGCGGUCAACGUGACAACGUUUUUGAACAUCAGCAACAUCUUUCCAGGUCACUUGAACUUUGCAGGCAUGGGUGUGAGCAAUGACAGUCUGUUACUUGAUCUGUGCAAAGUGUUGAGGCAAAAGAUGAGCAAGCUUAGCAUGUUGCGUUUGGGCAGCAAUGGUAUCAGGGACCUACAAAAUGACACACUGUCCCAUUGCCCAAUCAUCACAAAAUCUCUAGAUCUAUCGCAAAAUCGUCUAGGGAGCUCACAAGAAAAGAACAUCAAUUGCCUUGAUUUUCUCGGUAAGAAUAGAUUUUUAAAGACGUUAAAUAUUGAGCACAACCACCUGCCUAUCCUUUCCACUUGCAAGAAAAAGCAGAUGGUGCGUUUCCAUGAGUUGGAGGAUCUCAGCUUCCGGUACAACCGUAUUCUGUCGGUUGAUGCUUACGCUUUCUAUCAUACGCCUAAUAUCAAAACCCUGAAAUUAAACAUCAACACCAUUGCCUCCCUCCACCGUAAAGCUCAAGGGCUCAACAAACUUGAGACGCUGCGUCUGGAUAACAACCUUCUCACUGACCUGUUCAAAGAAACAUUUGAGGAUUUGUCUGCGCUACAAAUUCUUAACCUGCGCAACAAUCGCAUUUCAGUCAUUUUCAAUAGGACCUUCCACCGCCUCAACAAUCUGACAACGCUGGACCUCGGGGGGAACAAGAUUUCCACCGUUCAUCCCUCUGGACUUGAAGGACUCAAAAGCCUCUCAAAGUUGUACAUGGAUGGAAACAACCUCAAACAGAUUAACAUGUCCCUCCACGGUGUGUUUAAGCGCAAUCUGUCAGUAUUGGAUUUAGAAAAUAAUCUAAUUCGCUUCAACACCAUAAAUAUCAGUUCACCAUUUCUAAACAUGAGCAGACUCAGGGAAUUGAAGUUGGGCAGCCAGCGUCCCUAUGGCCUCACAGUAUUGCCGCGUAAGUUCUUCCGUGGCCUUGCCAAUCUCUUUUCUCUUUAUCUCAACAACAAUCAAAUCUCAUACAUUUCCACCGACGCCUUUGAUGACUUGAAAAAACUAAGUUUCCUCAACCUGGACAAGUGCUGCGAAGUGAACAUACAACUGAAACCGGGCGUUUUUAAGAAUCUUCAUCAUUUGACCAGAUUGGUUGUAGAAAAUGUGGGGAUCCAGAACUUUUCUCAGAAAGUGUUUGGUAAUCUCACCCAGUUGCAGGCACUGCAGCUCAAUCACAACGGGAUGCAAACACUUGAGGUGGAGGUGUUGAACAGUCUGCCCAAUCUGCGCUACUUGGAUAUACGCCAUCUCCCACUCAGCUGUACAUGCGUAAAUAGCUUGCUGCAAAAAUGGACCAAGGACAACACAAAGGUCCAAGUGGUGUAUGUCUACGAUCUGCCGUGCCAGCAGGAUGAGAAAAAGAACUUCUACAACUUUGAUACCAACAUUUGCUACAUUGACCUCGGGGAGUAUCUCUUCUUGACCACCGCUACCGUGGUCACUUUCUUCACGGCCUUACCGCUGCUUCAUAUCAAACUCUACUGGAAAAUGAAGUAUGGCUACUAUGUGUUUCGCUCCUGGUUCGGUGAGCAGUGGCGCAAACUCAAAGAGGAGGAGGAGAAUUGCAUUUACGACGCCUUUGUUUCCUACAACUCCAAUGAUGAAGAGUGGGUCAUGGUGCAGCUGCUGCCCAACCUAGAGGGCAAUGGCUCAUCAUUAAAACUUUGCCUGCAUCACCGCGACUUCGAACCCGGGCGUGACAUUAUUGACAACAUUGUCACUGCCGUGUACAGCAGUCGCAAAACCAUCUGCGUGGUGAGCCGGAAUUUCCUCCAAAGCGAGUGGUGCUCUUUGGAAAUCCAGCUGGCCAGCUACCGGCUCUUUGAUGAACACCGUGACGUACUACUGCUUGUCUUCCUGGAGCCAGUCUCAGAACGUCAAAUGUCCUCCUACCACCGCAUGAGGAAGGUCAUGCUGAAGAAAACUUACCUCCAGUGGCCUGCCUCAGACUGCGUUAACCCUGAGCAGGCCCAGGAGCUCUUCUGGAGUCAGUUGCGUCGUGCGCUAAAGACCGGGGGCAAACUGGAAAUAGAGGACAACAAUGAAACUCCUGACAGUGACGAUUUGGGAGAGUCUGACACUCAGACUCUCAUAGCAGAUGGAAACUUUUAUACAUAUUAAA